AUGAAGCCCAGAGCAAAGUUGCCCAAAUCUGGAGGCACGAAGGCCACCAAGCCUGCCAACAAGGGCAAGCCCAAGGCUAAGGCCCAGCCGCCUGUGAAAGCGCGGGAGGAGGAACCGCAUGCGACAACCAGCGAAGAGGCGGCGGCCACUACCAGCACUGCGGUCACUGCGCCUGUGGAAGACGCACCCGAGUGCCCCAAUGCCUUCGCAAAGGCGGAAGGAGAAGAGGAGGAAAGAAACGACGCCGAUAGCGCCGAGGAAGGAGAGAAGGGCGCCGAUGGAGCACAAACGCGAGCGCGCAUGCUGCAGCGCCACAAGCAGGAGCUCCGAGAGGUGAAGAAGGCGCGCGGCAAGUCCAAGGCGGAGGUGAAGAAGAUGGAGCACGAGCUGCGCGCGAAGCAGCAGGCCGAAUUGCACGCCCUCGACCGCGAACUUGCCGCCCUGCGUCCCAAGCGCGUGCCGAAGCCGCCCAGUCCCAAAGUCAACGACAGCGACGGCAGCGACGACGGCGAGACUGGCUCGAGCGACGACGAUGACGCCCCCUCACCGGGCGAGAAAGGACCCACGCCCGACAGCGGCGAGCAGCAGAAGGGGCCGAAGAAGCCCAGUAGAGCAGCGCGCCGCAAGCAAAAGCGGGAGGCGGAGGACCGGGAGCGGGAGAAGCGGAUCGAGGAGGAGCGCAAGAACGCCGGACCCUCGGCCAAGGCCCUCGAGAUCCGGCGCCUCAUGGACAAGCUCGGCCCCAAGGGGCUCCGCAUCACCGAGGUGGCGGCGGAUGGCAACUGCCUGUACAGUGCCGUGGGCGACCAGAUCAAGCGCUCGGCCCUCUCCGGCCCUCAGUCGAUCGUUGAGCUGCGGCGGCUUGCGGCGGACUACAUCCUGGACCACCCUGACGAUUUCCUGCCGUUCCUGAUCGCCGGGGAGGAGCUGCCGCCUGGCGGCCUCAAGAAGUACUGUGACGAGCUCAAGCGCGACGGUGUCUGGGGCGGACAGCUCGAGCUACGGGCGCUUGCCCAGAGCCUGAAGGUGCCGAUCGUGGUGCACUCGGCAGACGCCCCGGAGCUGAAGAUGGGGGAGGAGUUCCAGCGCGACCCGCUCCAGCUGACGUUCCAUCGUCACUACUACGCCCUCGGCGAGCACUACAACUCGGUAGCGGUCGCCGGCGAAGUCAACGCUGAGUGA